GCCCUCGGAGCCGUGCCGCGGGCCGGGCGAUGCGGCGGGCGCCGAUCCUUCGGGCUUGCGCGGGGGUCCCUCCAUCUUGUGAGCCCCGCCGCACCGUCCCGCCCGCUUUCUCCCGCCCUCCUCCUCGUCGUCAUUGUUUGCGAGCGGCGGCGGUGGCGCUUAUAAGGCGGCGGGCAUUGCCCGGAUGUGAGUGGCGCGUGAUGCGGCUGCCCGGUCGGGAUGCGAUCGGCCGCGGCUCGGCGGGGGAGGCCGCGCUGCUGAGCCGGAGGAGGAGGCGGCGGGCGCUGCUCUAAACUCGGACCAAGUUGGGGAACCGGCGGCCCCGAGCUCUCUCGAGGGGGGAGUCGCCUGUUUUUUUCGGGAUUUGGGUUUUUUUUGGUUUUUUAAGGAAGGACAAGGAGGGGGCAAGUCCCCGAGAGCCGCGGCGCUGCGAGCCCGUCACCAUAUGUCUGUAAAAGCAAUAGGGCAAAAGUUGUCGGACCUUCUUUUUUUCCUUUUUUUUUUUCCUUGGUUUUUAAUUUUUUAAAUUUUUUUAAAUCUAAUCUUUUUUUUUUUUGUGGCCGGGCCCCCCAAAUCCCUACAAAGCCAGGUGUAGUGUGCCUGUAAAGCUGUGGAAUAACCGGGAGCAGGACUGACACUUUCCCUACUUUUUGGUGGUUUUGGAGGGUCACACACGUGUGAGACAAUAAAGCACUUUGGCAGAAGAUUCCUCUCUUUUUGAUGAUUUUUAUUCAUUUUUUUUACCCUUCCCCCCCCCCCCCCCUUGGAAUAUUGUGAACAUAUUUGUGGCCAUUUAAGGUUUGUGUGAUUUUGCUAAAAUGCAUCACCAACAGCGAAUGGCUGCCUUAGGGACGGACAAAGAACUGAGUGAUUUACUGGAUUUCAGUGCGAUGUUUUCACCUCCUGUGAGCAGUGGGAAAAAUGGACCAACUUCCUUGGCAAGUGGACAUUUUACUGGCUCAAAUGUAGAAGACAGAACUAGCUCGGGGUCCUGGGGGAAUGCAGGACAUCCGAGUCCAUCCCGGAACUAUGGAGAUGGGACUCACUAUGACCACAUAGCAAGCAGAGACCUCGGCUCACAUGACAAUCUCUCUCCUCCCUUUGUCAAUUCCAGAAUACAAAAGCCUGAAAUUCCACCCUAUCCGAGAGGAAAAGAUGUCGAUGGAAUGGCUCCAAAGCAGGAAUUGUCUCCCCAAAUUGUUCUUCCCAUCACGGCAUCUCUGUGUGACCUCAGGCGCCAGGAGCAUCCCAUGGUUCUGAGGAAUUUGCAGCUUCCUCCCCUCAUUAAAUAUCCAUAUUCUCCUGUCAGCCUGGGAAGAAACAGGCUUUUUGUUCCAAUAAAUCCCUAAUUGA